GGCACGGUGGCCCAGGACACUGCACACGGACAGCCGUUCUCGGCCUCCUCCUGGGCCAGCGGGGCGCCCUGCACGGGCCCUGCUCGGCGCGGCGGAGACCAGGCGGGGGCAGCCGCGGGAGAAGCCCGUUAGCCGGUCAGCUGUGAGGAGCACAGGGGAAGUGAGGCGACGAGCGGCGGCGGCCGGGGGAGAGCUCUGGAGCAGACGGCGCCUGUGUGCCCAGUGCUGGGGGCGCCUCCCCCUGGCCCUCCCCCCACCUCCCCCCCACAACACAUGCACCGCUCGCUGGGCGAGGUCGGCUGCAGCCCGGGGCCUGCAGGACUCAAAGGCCCAGCCAAACUGGUGACAGACUCGGUCACGAACUGAGAAGGGAACAGGGGCUCUGGCGGUCCAGACGAGGCCGUUUGCACGGCUGGUGGAGGGGACAAGUCUGACCCCCACCGUGGAUGAGGCUAUCCCGUGGCUGCUGAGACGGGGGAGACUCCGCGCAGGGUCACACCGGGCCAGGGCCCGAUGUCGCUGAGGAGCCUCUCCCAGGGCUCAGCAGAGAGCGAGCAGCUCCAACAGGCUUCCGUCUCGCACUCAGGACCGGGCAUGAAGAGAGGAAGCCAGACCUGGCCGUUGGUCACCCUGGGGGGGCACCAAGAGGCCCCAAGGGGCUGUGGGCAACACGAUUUCCUACACCUGUGGCCAUUUUGUGCCUCGCCAGGUCUUUCUCCUCACCCAAUGGGGACUGGGAUCGGCGGGGAGAUGGACAACAGGAGAGCCCUUCCAGGGCCACCAUCCGGGCUUGUGAGCCACAGCGAGGGCUGCCAUCCUGAGGUCAGGUCUGGCGAGGCCUGUCCUAGCUCCACCGCACACACCGGCUCUGGGGUCCGCCACGCUUUGGUCAGCCCGAGGGCUCCAUCGGGGUCACCGUUGCAGCUGCACGGAACAGGCCAGCCAGGUGGAUGCCAUGUGCCGGCCGCAGAGGAGCAGCGAGGAGGGGAGGCUGGGGGGGCUGGGCCUCACCCGCCGCCGCCCCCACCCCGGCAGCCAACAGUGCGAGGGUCCCGGGUUGGGGGGCUUCUCUCAGGGGUGACGAGCACAUCGUGGACAUCUCAGAGCAGUAAGCUGGGGCAGUGGUCAGAGCCCAGAGGGUCCCUCAGGCCCCGAGCUGGGCCCCGUGGGAAUGUGGCAGGGAGGGGGAGGCGGCAGAUCAGGGUUCUGGAAGCUGGGAGCCCUGUGGCGACGUGGGCACCGGCAGGUAAGAGCAGCGGACUCAGCGCGGGUUCACGCCUGGGAAAGAACGGGAAGGGAGCAACGGGAGCAAGGGAGCGGCAGGAGGAGCCCUGGGGGGGGCGGGGAGUGUCCUGCGAGUUCGCCGCCUGCAGGAGGGCAGGUCUCUGGCCCGGAAGCCCGGCUCACACCGCGCACACCAACCCCCACUGCUAUGACACACGGAGCGGAAUUAACUGCACACGACGUGUGCCCCGAAACCUGCCUGCUGCCCGGAGCGACUCAUAAAGACCCCACCUACCCCCUUCCUGCAGGUCACACAGAUGUCUGAGCUGGCCGUGGCCACUGAGUGCCUCUGGGAACACCACCGCUGCGGGCCGUGUGCUGGGGAGGGGGUCCUCAAUCCUAGCUGUGCGACCCUGAGACUAACACGCCACCUCGGCCACCUCGAGAGGAGCUAGCAACCGUCUUUGUUCUAGCUUCGUUCCAGCGGGCAUGCCUGGCGGGGGCACCCAGACCCCACCCAGGCACCGAGCAGCCCAUCACCGCUGUGGCCACGGGGGAAGACAGGGCACGGAGGAAGGACUCCUAAACUGCAGGGUCUGGGCGCUGGACCGAAACCUCACAAUCCAAGUGGAGCUUCUUUGUGAAGCCUGACCACAGGGGACUCCCACCUCUGAGUGACGUGGGUGGCCCCAAGGGGUGUGGGCACCGGUGGGUGUGGGAGGAGGGGAGGAAGCCCUGGGGACAUGUGUCAGCCCUGGCUGGGCAGAGCACAGCCCGCCGCCCGUGCUGCAGGGAGGAGUGAUGUGAGGCUGCCAUCCUUGGCCAGCCCUGCCCUGGCAGCUGAGUCCCACGGGUGACAGAAGCCUAGUGCAGGGACAGAUGCCCCCGGAGAGAACCGCCCCCACGUUCUGGGGCCUCCCGUGGGGCGCCCUGCUGAAUGGCCAGACACCAGGACGUCGAUGGAACCCGGCUCAGUCAGGUGGCUGUCCAGCCGGCGAGGCCCGGCACGGAGCCCUGAGCCGCUACGUGAGACGUGGACUAGCCUGCUGGGCCGGGAGCGGCACCAGGACACCCGGGACAGAGCGCAGUCUUCGGAGCGUCGCAGCGGAGCCCAGGCCGGACUGCCCGCCCAUGGACCAGCGGGACUGGUGAGCGAGCCAGCCCGGGCGGAGACCCGCUGCACAGGGGACAACUGCCGCGGUUCUGGCCCAGGCCCGCAGUCCGCCCCGUGCACGGCACCGUUCACGGCCGCAAGGACGCAGCGCAGGAGCCGGCGGCACGGCCACCGGAUGCCGGGGGAGCCCACCCUCCUGCCUGAGUCAGUUCUCGGCACCCCAGCCUUCCCACAGCACGAGCUGGGACAGGAUGUCUGUCUGCGCAGCCCCAGCGCGCGGCAACGCGGCUUCCCACCGUUCUCGGGGCACUGCUCCCAGGGGCGUCAGUGCAGAAAGGCCCCUGGAGGACAUCGAAACCCAAAGGGGAUCUCAACCAGCCGUGGCACCGCACCCUCCGCGACGGACAGGCUCUUCAGGUGGCAGAGAUCGACGGACGCCGGGCAACAGCGCGUGGGGGUUCCGCAGGGACGACACCCGCGAGUGAUGGUGUCGGGACACGCGAAGGCCACGGACGUCCCUGGUGGGCACACGUCGCAGAGAACACUGAAAACAAACCUAACCGCCGGGAAGACAUUCCGGAUCGGGAGAGAAACAGACCAACCGAUCCUGCGCUCAGGAGAGCCGUCCUCGGCUGCGUGUCUGGUACACGGACCCCCUGGGCAGCCGAGAUCGGACAGAUGGGAGCACACGAGGCACACGAGGCAAGCACACGAGGUCGCACGUGGCCUGUCACACGUCAGCCCCAAAGCGAAGCCUCCCGCCCUGGACAGCCACCGCGCCCGGCGUCACCCCACAGCCUCGUCUGCAGACGCCAGCAAGCACGAGGCCCUCCUGUCCUCACUGCACACACGUCCACACCCCCCUACGCGCACACAAGCACUCAGAUCUGUGCAGACGGACGGACCCGCGAGGUCAGCGGACGAUACCGAGAGGAACCUCUGCGACACAAGCCCGUGCUUUCCCGCUUCACGACGUCUGCGAUCACGGAUGAAAACUAGGAGGAAGAAGCACCACAAAUCUGCCUCUUUAAGGCUGAAACGGGGUGACGGGGAGGCAGGGCUCCGGGGGCCUCUGAGCUGGAGGUGGGCGAGGCCAGGCAGGGUCCGGCUCCCGCAGGCCUGCUCGCCUCAGCGGCCCCGUCUGCCCUGCAGUGCGCUGGGGCCUGGGGAGGGGGAGGUAAGCAGCCCCCGGGCGGUGGGGUCUAGAGGACAGCCCGAAGCACUAGUGGCCUGCGGCAGCCCCGCCGGCCUCUGAGGGACUAAUAACGUCCGCCCGGGAGCGGCACUGCGCGGACACCUGCGGCCUCACGCGGAGCCGCGCCCGGGGCCGACCCCGCCACGAUCGCACGUGUCUGCAGCCGGAGACGCGGACGGGGACGGGGGCUCGGCCGCUGGGCUGCUCCGGACCGCGGCCCGCGCCUGCCACUCCCGCCCGGCAGCGGGCGGCCC